AUGGCGCUGCUGCGGGCGGCCGCGCUUCCCGCUGAGGGUUCUCCGGCCUGGCUGCCCACCCACGUCCAGGUGACGGUGGUGCGGGCCCGCGGGUUGCGGUGCAAGGGCGGCGGCAAGCCGGGCACCAGCGACGCCUACACCAUCAUCCAGCUGGGCCGCGAGAAGUACAGCACCUCGGUGGCCGAGAAGAGCACCGGCAACCCCGAAUGGCGGGAGGAGUGCGCCUUCGAGCUGCCCCCCGAGCUGGGCGCCCCAACGGGCCCGGCCCGCGGUGGCCUGGUGCUCACCGUCAUGCACCGGGCCCUGGUGGGCAUGGACCGCUUCCUGGGCCAGGCCCUGGUGCCCCUGGAGCCCAGCCUGCAGCAGGGCCGUGCGCCCGACGAGCGGUGGCACAAGUUACACUCCAAGGCUGGGAAGAAGGAGAAGGAGCGUGGUGAGAUCCUGGUGAGCAUCCAGUUCACACGCAACAACCUUACAGCCAGCAUGUUCGACCUGUCCAUGAAGGACAAGCCACGGUCGCCCUUCGGCAAGCUGAAGGACAAGGUGAAAGGCAAGAAGAAAUAUGACUUGGAGUCAGCCUCUGCCAUCAUCCCCAGCAGCAUGGGCGCCCUCGACAUGGAGGAUGACUACGACAUUGGGGGCAAGAAGUCCAAAGUCAAGGGCUUCUUCUUGAAGAACAAGCUGCGCAAGUCAUCACUGACGCAAUCCAACACCUCCUUGGGAUCCGACAGCACCAUCUCUUCUGCCAGCCUGGGCUUGGCCGCAAAUGUUCCCGAGGUAACCAAAUCCCCAAGCAGACACAGCAGUCUGUCCACAGAGCGCUCUGUGAAAGACUACUUGCCAUCUCCAAAGCUGACCCACAAGAGAGCAUUCAGUGAUGAUGUCUCCCAAGUCAGCCCAGUCCUGGAGCCCAAAACAAUCCAAAGCCUGAAGCCAAAGAACGAUCCCGUGUCCCGGUCUUCCCUCUGCAUCAACGGGAGCCACGUUUACAGCGACGAGCCUGCACCAAAGAGCCCCGUGUCUGUCCCUCAGAGCUCUGCGCCGCUGUCCAUGCCCAGCAUCCCCAGGCGCCAGGAGGAGGGCUUCGGCUUCACUCCCCUCCAUCCCAACUCCCACGAGGUGCCUUGGGGGGUCAGCAACUUUGAGAGGACACAGCAGAGAGACGAGCCCAGGUUCAUCCCAUCUCCUCCCAGCUUAGCCUUGCAAGAAGAGCUCAAGGUCUCCACGAAAGCCGUCACUCUCAGUAACCAUCUGGGCAGAGCCAAGAUGGAAGAAAACAGUCGCUUAGAGAACAAGCCGACUCAAGCUGCAACACCCAUGGCCUUCUCCACGGAAACGACGAAGGACAAACAACCUGAGGAAAUGAGGAAGGAAGACAAGAAAGCAAAGGGCGGCCUCUUCCACCACGGGGGCAACAAGAGCGAUGCGGGGAGCAAAGGCCAGGGGGAGAAAGUGGGACCCUCCCAUGGCUCGUCCAUCCACGCGAUGGCAGGGGGAGAUGAGAGGAAUAAGACCAGUGGCUGGUUUGGUUCAAAGGAGGCCAAAGAAUCCCCUCAGAAACCCAGUUUCCCGUCUGAGCCGCAUGCUUCAACAGAGGUCGCUGGGAGCUUUUAUUCCUCUGAGGAUUGCAGUCCCUCUGCCUCCCUAGGACAUAAAGACCCGGAGGGAGAGUCUCCAGCCAAAAGCGUUUGUGUCCCUGUUCCAGAAACUACACCCCCAUCACAAGGAGACCUUCCUCCUUCGGACGAGAAACCUGCUGUCCCUCCUCCCCUCUCGGAGUGGGACGAUACCUUCGAUGCCUUUGCGACCAGCAGGCUCAAACCAGAACUGAAGAAGGAAAACUUCUUUGCGUCGGUGGCGGCGGAGGGCAUGGCUUUCAUCGACGAUCCCGAUGUAGCCAGCCCAACAGAAAGAUCAGCCGAGCCGGCUCGAGAGAAGGGGACAAAAGUAUUUGAAAAGGCUGAUUCACAAAUGGGCAGUGAAAUGCCUGCAACUCUACGGGCUUGGACAAAUUUCUCCGGUUUAGACGUGGGGGCAAAUUUGGUGAGCACAACCCAGGAAGCGACUGUGAUUGAGGAUGUGCUGAGCCCUGUGUCUGCGGGGUCGAUGGGAAGGAGGAGGAAAAGCAGCACGCCUACGGUUUGGACAGCCAUGUUUGCAUCGGGAAAUCCAGGGGAAAAAGAGGCUUCAACACCCCUAACUGCUGAAAAUAGUGCUAGGGAGGAAGGGGACAGUAAUGAGGAGGAACCCUCUAGUGCAGGGACAAACGGAUGGAUGACCAUAGCCACUGAAACCGCUCCUGACCUGUCAGAGAGCACCCAAAGCAUGGCUGAGCAGGAGUGUGUGGGUCAGGAAAGCACGUUCGGCCCACGGCCACCCUUCCUCAGCGAAGGCACCUUUGAAGCAAAAAGCGGAUCUCGUGCCGCCACUUGCGUGUUGCCCAGAAGCACCUUUGCCCCCGAGCUCACCUCCGAAACCCUGCCAGGCAGCAACGUGGCGGCCGUGCCCCCACGGGUGCUCGCAGAUGUGGCAGCACGACGGUUCCCCAUGGGCCCCGAGCCAGGGACAGAGCCCCAGGGUGCUGGUAGUGAGGAGGAAGCAUUCGACAUACGGACUUCAGUCUACCGUCUCCAGGCGAGCAUGCGGCUUGAGGCCAGCGAAAACCGUGUAAAACUCAGCUCCGACAUUCGCGAGAGGCACGUCGUCCUCUCUUCGUGGACAGGCACUCGAGAGAGGGAAGAGAUGGCGGCUGGCUCAGCCGCGCCACCCCCCAAACCUCCGAGGUGGUUUGCAGCUGCAGGCGGCAGAGGGGAUGGCGAGGAGGAGGAUGCUUGCGACCUGCAGCCGAGGCAGCGAGGCAGCGAGGAGCAAUGCGAAGAGGCGGAGAGCCCAAAGGCAGAUGUGGAGCUGCCGAAGAGCUGUCUGAGCAGCGAGCCCUCUGUCCUGGCAUCUCCCAGCCUGCCCGCACUGGGAGUGGACGUAGCUGAAGCUGGGAGCGAGUUCCCAGUCUCCAAGGAUGCCAAAUCUGCCACUGCAGACUCAGCAGCUAAUUUGGAGGCGAGAGCUAGCGAGUUGGUAAAAAGAGACACCUCUUCGGGGGAAGACCGAUCAGAGAUGAAUGAGACAGAUGCGGCUGAGCAGUUUGAGACUUGCCCAUCGAAGUUCUCCCUAGAUGGAUUAGGCCAGUCGGGUGCUAAGGAGAGCUGGAGCCAGCGAGGUUUAUCUCCUCUGAUGGGGGUCACAGAUGGUGCCGAGUGGGAGAUGGCCUCCGAACAGGAGCCGUUCCCUGAGGAGCUCAGUAUGUCGGGACUAAAUCCACCUUCCAAGCUAGACCCAGGCCAGCCGGAAAUCUUCUGGACGGCUCUGGAAGAGCAGGAGGCAGCUGGUCACUCCGCGGGUCUCGGCCCAGCGGCGCGACCCCAAAGGUUAGCGCGUGCAGAGAGUCCACCCCAGCUGGAGCCGGCGUGGGGUGAUGGUGAGGGGCGGCAUGGGCCGGUGGCUGGCCUCGCUGGGCGAGCGGGAGGCCAGCCUGAGCCUUGCGCCCCCGUGGCAGUGGCCGGCUCUCCCCGAGAGGCAGAGCAGGGCAGACCCCCUGCCAGUGAGCCCGAGGGGCCGUGGCACCGAUGCUCGGCAGACAGCAGGAUAGACUUCAAGAAGGCCGAUUUCUGGAAGCCAGAUAGGGUGGAGGAGAGGCGUGAGCAGGAUGCUUCAGCCCUGAGAAAUCCCUUUGCUCCGGCACUCAGCCCAAAUGCCCCAAGCAAUCCCUUUGUGGAGAAGCCACCAGACCCCCUCCCUGUUCAAGCUGUGCUGCCCGAAAGGCUUGGUCAGGGAGGCUUCAGCUUCAGCAGCCUCCAUGAGGAAGCCCCUGGGCAAGGCUUCCAGCCCACUAACCUCCCCGGGGACCCGCUAGGCAAGCCUCCUUUCCUGCAUGACAGCCAGCCCUUGGCCUUCUCCACCCCUUUCCUUGUGGCUGCAACUAACCCUAAACACAGCGGGGUCCCUGCCGCAACCAGCCGCGCAGCCGCCCAGCCCUGCCCUUUGCCGCAGUCCGGUGACACACAAGCUUCAGCGCUCGUGGUUUUGCCCAGGGAGACACAGCCAGCUGAGAAGCCCUUUUUCCAGCAGAUGACCAGUCCUCACCCAGUGAAACCCAUCAGUGCUACGGUGCACGAUGUCUCCAGUGAGAAGAAGCAGCAGCACAGGUCCAGCCUGACGACCGCUCUGAGCAAUGGCCUGGAGAAGCUGAAGACAGUCACCACAAGCAGCGUCCAGCCCGUAGCCCCGUCCUCUCACCCAGAGAGAACGGACGCGAAGAAGUUAAAGGAUCCCACCGUACUGGACCAGUCAGCCAAGUAUUAUCACUUGACCCACGAUGAACUCAUCCAGCUCCUGCUGCAGAGAGAGAAGGAGCUGAGCAAGAAGGAGGAGCACAUCCAUGAACUGGAGAACUACAUUGACCAGCUGCUGGUGCGCAUCAUGGAACAGUCUCCCACACUCCUCCAGAUCCCGCUGGGGGAAAGCAAGACCAAGUAACCUCUCCCC